AUGCCUGCUCUUCGUGCCCUUACCCCUCCUGCGUCCCCUCCUCUCAAGAAGGGUCUUUCGCUCGCUCCUGCCAGAGCUAGUGCGAAUGACAUUGAGGGCCAACGUCUCAUCGGAACCACCCGAUUUGAGCCUCGGAGCGACAUCAAGAGCAUUUUGAUCACUGGUGGUGCAGGAUUUAUUGGAGGUUGGGUAACCCGCCACAUGGCGGUGCAGUACCCCGAAUACAACAUCGUCUGCUUUGACAAGCUCGAUGUUGUCGCUUCUCUGUCCAAUGUCAACUGCUUGGACUCUCUGACCAACUUCACUUUUGUGCAAGGCGACCUUACGGAUCAGGCGGCCCUCGCCAAGGUUCUUCUGGACCACAACAUUGACUGUGUGAUGCACUUCGCUGCGUGCUCGCACGUCCAGAACUCAUUCAACGAUCCCCUCAGCUUCACUGUCAACAAUGUUGUCGGUACUCAACAGCUCCUUGAAGCCAUUCGUCACCACAAGGGGCCCCAAAAGGUGAACCGAUUUCUCCACGUUAGCACCGACGAGGUGUAUGGAGAUGUUGUGGAGUCCGCAUGUGAUGAGACCAAGCAAUUCAUGCCCACCAACCCAUACUCAGCCUCCAAGGCUGCUGCCGAGAUGUAUGUCUGGGCAUACGCAAAGUCCUUCGACAUCCCAGCUCUCGUUGUGAGAAGCAACAACGUGUUCGGGCCUGGUCAAUACCCCGAGAAAAUCGUCCCCCGCUUCUGCACCCUGCUGAUGCAGCAGCAGCCGCUAACAAUCCAAGGCACCGGCUUGAACAUUCGCCGCUACCUCUACGGAGCCGAUGCUGCCGACGGCUUUGACACCCUGCUGCACAAGGGUGUGAUCGGCGAGGCAUACAACAUCCAAUCAUCCCACGGCAUCACCAACCUUGAAGUCGCCGUUCGCACACUUGAACUGUUCGGCUUCAGCCCGCGAGACUUCACACGCUCACUCAUUUGGAUCCCCGACCGUCCCUUUAACGACACUGACUACUGGGUCGAUGGCAGCAAGCUGGCUGCAUUGGGAUGGCACCAGCGUGUGCCCUUCUCCGAGGGACUCAAGGCCUCGGUCAACUGGUACCACAAGAACUUAGAGACUUGGUGGCCCGAGGUCUCGAAGACCAUCAAUGUCGCUUCGACCGCAACCACAGAGAGCUACAUCCCUCCCCAACUCAGUGCGAAUGCGGUCGAGGAUGUCUAUGAUGGUGAGGUGUUGGAAGAAUCAUCGGGCUUGAGCACGCCUGUGAUGGUCGCUGUGUGA